UGUAAUUAUUGUGGCGUUCUUUACGCAAAUAAUGCCACGCGCCAAAGAAAGCAUUUGGAAAAAAAAUGCUUAAAGUGUCCACAAACAGUGAAAGAUUUAUUAAGAAAGGAAAGGAUUAACAGUAGAAAGCAAACAAAUCGGGAUUCAAAUGGUAUGGAAAGGCUGGAUGAAAAACUGUUAAGAGCAAUUUAUUCAUCGGAUUGUGCGCUUUCGAUACUUGACAAUCAAUAUUGGAUAGAGUUUUUUAAAGAAUUGCGACCCUGUUGGAAACCCCCAUCAACUUAUAAGAUUAGUACUCCUCUUAUAAACAAAGAACAUGCAAGAAUUCAGUUGGAAAUGAAUGAAGCUAUUGCAAAAUCAAAUGCUGUUGGUGUCCAAUGUAAUGGUUGGAGUAAUAUACGGAACGAAUCGAUUGUUAAUUUUGUUGUGACGACUCCGGAAACCUUAUUAUAUAGAACUAUGGAUAUGAAAGGAAAAUCUCAUAUUGGAGAAUAUAUGGCAGAGAUUAUUCUCGAAGUAAUUGAAGAAAUCGGGAUAAAAAAGGUUUUCGUAGUCGUUACUGAUGCAAAUGAAAUUGUAAAAGAGAUAAAUUCAUCUCAUUUGAUCAAAGCAAAAUUUACUGAAAUUCAGAAAGAAAGAAAACAGAAAGUUAUAUCAUUGAAAUUACCUGGUAAAACCAGAUGGGGGUCAAUAAUCUUUUGCUUCGAGAGUUUGCUUUAUAACAAAGUAGCUUUAAAAAUGUUGGCUAUUUCGGAGGAUGUAUUUUUGAAAAACAAAGUUAAACAGGAUAUUUUAAGCGACAAUUUUUGGUGCGGCCUUCUAAGUCUUCAUGAAAUUCUAGCUCCAAUCAUUAAAUGGAUUACAAUUUUGGAAGCAAAUUGUUAUCUUAAAAAGAAGGUAACAAGUAGAAGCGAAUUAUCGAUGCAGCCAUUACACUUUGCUGCCAAUAUCUUAGAUUCAAAAUACAGUGGCAAACACUUAACUCGAACACAAAAGAGUUUAGGAAUGCAAGGGGAGAUUUUUAUCUUCCCUCCGUGCACGGGCGGCCAGGGCCAGGGCUGUCCUGGCCGGGGCUGCUGCUCCGGCGGGACGGGUCUCUGGUGGGGUCACUUCGGUGGCCCGGCUCGUGGACGUGGUCCGCGAACACACGGUCGUGAAGGAGAGCGACGGGCCGUCGAUGUCCCGGAACUCCCGGGCUCGUCGGGCUGGGCCAUUCCGAGCCGCUCGGACAUAUUCCGAGGCGGAGUCGGAUGGCGGGGAGUAGUCGCUCGGGCCGCUCGCAAGUAUUCCGAGUCUGGGCCGAGCGGUGAGGACCGAUCACUACUGGAGUGCGUCCCGGUUUAUGCCGGUCCCGGAGUGAUCGGUCGAGAAGUGGGUUUGCUGGUCGCCACAGCGGGCAAGGCGGUUGGUUGGGUCGCUACAACCCUCCGCCCAUCCGUCCGUGGGGCCCCCCGUGUAGCGGCGCCCACUGCGGUGCCCACAUUGUCGGAGGUGUGGGACCCCCGAAAGUUCCUAGGUAAAACCAGGGGCGAGUAA